ACUUGUAUAGUUGUAUGAACCACAAAUUAUAAUAAGGUAGCACAAAACAUCCAAAACUGUUAUGGGAACCCUGAAGUAUGACAGAUUGACAGUAGUCACUAGUCAUUAGGGAUUUGUUUCUCCUGUUGUUCUUGUAAACAGCAAACUUACUACACUACCACCAAAAGGCAGUGAUAAUGAAGGGCAAGGAAGAAGCAGUAGGGGCAGAACUGCAGGGGUAUGAUCAAUCUGAUCAUCUAUUGAGUGGAUAUAAGAUGGGAAAAUUGGUGCAGCUACGUCUAUCACACCGAGUGGUUAUGGCAGCUAUGACUCGUUGUCGGGCAUUAGAUGGUAUUCCUAAUCAAGCCAUGGUUCAGUAUUACUCUCAGCGCGCUACUAAUGGUGGCCUUCUCAUUUCUGAAGGCACUUUCAUCUCUCCCACUGCUCAUGGGUAUCCUCACUGCCCAGGAAUUUACCUGGAGGAACAAGUGGAGGCCUGGAAGAGAGUUACUGAUGCUGUUCAUGCCAAAGGCGCCUAUAUGUUCUGUCAAUUGUGGCAUGUAGGCCGUGCCUCGCACCACGUAUACCAACCAGGCGGUGGACCGCCCAUAUCUUCAACAAACAAGGCCAUACCAACCAGGUGGAAAAUACUAUUGCCUGACGGAUCAUUUUCUGAUUAUUCAAGCCCUCGUGCUUUAGCGACUUCAGAGAUCCCACAGAUCAUUGAACACUACCGUCAAGCAGCCAUAAAUUCUAUUCGAGCAGGAUUCGAUGGGGUUGAGAUUCAUGGAGCCUACGGAUACCUCAUUGACCAGUUCUUGAAGGAUGGGAUCAAUGACAGGGCAGAUGAAUACGGAGGGUCCCUUGAGAAUCGAUGCAGAUUCCUGAUGCAGAUUCUCGAUGCUGUGAUCAAAGCCAUUGGAAUAGAAAGAAUAGGAGUGAAAAUAUCCCCCACAUUGUACCACCAAGAAGCCCACGAUUCUGAUCAGCUAGCCCUAGGCUUAGCAGUGGUAGAGAGACUUAACAAGCUGCAGGAAGAGCAAGGGCUUAAACUCUGUUACCUGCAAGUUCAAGCAGGAACUUUUACCCGCGGAAUUACAGAGAAAGAAGCCGAGCUGCUGAGAAAACUCAGGAAAGCAUACCAAGGAACCUUCAUGAUUAGUGGAGGAUUCAACAAAGAGCUGGGGGACAAGGCCAUUUCUGAAGGUGAUGCUGAUCUGAUUGCUUAUGCCCGGUUGUUCCUCUCGAACCCUGAUUUGGUCCGCAGGUUUGAGAUCAAUGCACCAUUAAAUGAGUAUGAUUCCGCUGCAUUCUAUAGUCAUGAUCCUGUAGUGGGUUACACUGAUUACCCCUUCUUGAAUGAAAGUACUCAACCUUGAGAGAAAGAAAAUAAGCUUUUAAAUAAGGUUGAUUAGUAAGAACUAAGAAGUGUAACAGAUUAACCUUUUCCUGAGAAUACAAGUCAAAUACUAGUGAAUGUACUCCUUUUACAGAAUUCUCAGUUACAAUUCUACAAGUUAUUCUACAA